AUGGCAAAAAAAGAAAAGGUUCAAGGUUUAUUUGCGGUAAAUAAGCCGAAAGGUUUAACAGUUCACCAAGUACUUGAAUUUAUAAAUCAAACUUUUCGUAGACAUGCUGAGGCAACAAGAUUUGAAAUGACAAGAAGACAGGUGGUUGAAUUGGGUACUUGUAUGUCUCUCACAACAAAAAGUUGGGCAACUGGCGUGGUAGUGGUUGGUGUAAAUCAAGGAAAUAGAUUAUUGAAAGAACAGGAAAAGAUGAAUGAAAUAAUUCAUGCAACAGGAAUGUUGGGUUUUUCUACAGAUACUAAAGAUUUUAAAGGUGAUCCAGUAAAACAAAUACCUGCAUCCCAAAUUAGUAAAGAUACUUUAGCAGAACUUCUACCAAAAUUAGUUGGAAAAGUAUAUAAUCGUGAAAUUGUAAUGCCUGCGACACCACCAACACCCGAAAAACCAGCAUGGAUAACACAUUUAAACACUUUUGGAAAGAAAAAAAAGAAAAGAUUAUUACAAGAAUAUACUAGACCUCAACCAGCAGAAAAAGUCAUUGAAUUUACAACUCCCAAGAAAAUUUAUAGAAUGGAAUUAUUAGAUUUUAAAAAAUUACAUACUUCACCUUCAGUACAAAGAAUGAUAAAAUCCUUGGCAAAAACUCCAUUAUCUUCAAAAACUACAUCUAUGCCUGCUGCUUCUCCUUUAACUAAUUUAAUUAAAUCUGUUGAAAGUAAAAAUCCAAUUUUUAAAGUUGAAAUAGAAUGUUCUCCGAGUACAUCAAUAGAAAGAAUUAUUCAUGAUAUCGGAUUUUCAUUAAAUAAUGCUGCUUAUUUACUUGAAUUAGAAAGAGUUAAGCAAGGAGAUUUUAUAUUGCAUGAAGAUACUUUGGAUUGGGAACAAUGUGGAGUAUUUGAUAAUAUUUAUGAUGCUAUGAAUAAUUGGAUUAGGAAAGUCCGAAGACGAGAAUUGGAAAAAGAAUUGGGUGGAAGAAACCUAUAG